AUGGACAACUUAACUUCAGUGAGUGGAUUCCUCCUCAUGGGGUUUUCUGAUGAACGUAAACUUCAGAUUUUACAUGCACUGCUGUUUUUGGUAACAUAUCUGCUGGCCUUGACUGGCAAUCUCCUGAUUAUCACUAUCACUACCUUGGACCAUCGUCUUCAUUCCCCCAUGUAUUACUUCCUGAAGCACCUCUCUCUUUUGGACCUCUGCUUCAUAUCUGUCACAGUCCCCCAGUCCAUUGCCAAUUCACUUAUGAAUAAUGGUUACAUCUCCCUUGGUCAGUGCAUCCUUCAGGUUUUCUUCUUCAUAGCUCUGGCCUCAUCAGAAGUGGCCAUCCUCACAGUGAUGUCUUAUGACCGCUAUGUAGCCAUCUGUCAGCCACUGCAAUAUGAGACUAUCAUGGACCCCCGUGCUUGCAGGCAGGCAGUGGUUGCUGUGUGGAUUGCAGGGGGCCUCUCUGGACUCAUGCACACGGCUGUAAACUUCUCUAUACCUCUUUGUGGGGAAAGAGUCAUUCAUCAAUUCUUCUGUGAUGUUCCACAGAUGCUGAAACUAGCCUGUUCUUAUGAAUUCCUGAAUGAGAUUGCAGUGGCUGCAUUCACAACCUCAACAGCAUUUGCCUGUUUGAUCUCCAUUGUACUCUCCUAUGUUCGCAUCUUUUCAACAGUGUUGAGAAUUCCAUCAGCUGAAGGACGGACCAAGGUGUUCUCCACCUGCCUACCACACCUAUUUGUAGUCACUUUCUUCCUCUCAGCUGCAGGCUUUGAGUUUCUAAGGCCUCCUUCAGAUUCCCCAUCAGCUAUGGAUCUCAUGUUCUCCAUAUUCUAUACUGUGAUACCUCCAACACUCAAUCCUGUCAUCUACAGCUUGCGAAAUGAAGCCAUGAAGGCAGCUCUGAGGAAGGUGCUGUCAAAGGAAGAAUUUGCUCAGAGAAAGAUGUUCUUAAAAGCCAUAUUUAAGCUCUAA